UGUUUAUUGAAAGGGGAAUUACAUUACAAAAUACUAUUAAAGUAAACUUUUGAAAUUCAUCUGUUCACAAUCUUUUCUGACACUGCAAAAUGAUGUAUUUCCGUCCAAUUUUGUUUAUAUUUUUGCUGUAUCAAGUGAGCGCGAAAUGUCCGGAUAUUAUUUCACGAAGUGGAUGGAACGCAAGUCCUCCGGGAGAUGUUACAUUUUUAAGAGAAAACCCUCCAUCGUAUAUAGUUGUUCAUCAUUCAGCAACAAAAUCUUGUAAUUCAAAACAAGAUUGUAUUCCAUUAGUAAAAAGCAUACAAAAUAGUCAUAUAAAUGAUAAAAAAUGGAGUGAUAUUGGUUAUAAUUUUUUGAUUGGUGGAGAUGGCAAUAUCUAUGAAGGUAGAGGAUGGGGUAUUCGUGGUGCUCAUAGUGUUCCAUACAACAAAAGAAGCUUGGGAAUUUGCCUUUUAGGAAAUUUUGAAAUUGAUAAUCCGCACAGUAAUCAGCUGAAAGCUUUAGAGGACUUAUUAUAUUGUGCCCGAACAACUAAUAAAAUUACUGAGAAUUACCGACUUAUUGGACAUGGUCAGCGAAGCAGUACAUUGUGUCCUGGAAAAAACUUAUAUAAUGUUAUAAAAACUUGGCCUCAUUUUGAUCCUCAUCCUCAAUAAAGUGGUUUUAAAUAAA